GGGAGACAGCAGCUGCUAUUAAAGCUCCGAGAACCAAAAGGCCACCGUUCACAUUUAUCGACCAAGACCAGCAGGCGGGUUGAGAAACUAAAGCCCUACCUAUCACAAUGCAUUGCCUGAAAAGUCUGCGGACGACCAACCCGGGAAUCUUGCAGCUGUUUAAAAAUGCAGUUAUCUCCACCAGACUUGGAGCUGACAUCUCCAGGAGUCAGCAACCUGUUCCUCUCUGGACGGCAACAAUUCAAUCCCACAGAGCCUUUCAUCCUCAUCAGAAAGGCCCUGAUGAGGACCAAGGACACUGCAAAAGCCGGCUCAUGUCCAGCAUAGAGGACCUGCUUUUUUACACCAUCACCGACGGGAAAGAGAUGAUCCCCAUCUCUCAGUUCAUCUCUGCUUUGAGAAGAACAGGUUUGUUAACGUCUGACCCUCGGCUGCGGGACUGUAUCCAUCAGAUGAGACAGUCUACGCUUGACUCCAUGGGACCAGUCAUGAUGGACAAAAAACUUUUCAGAAGGUGUGUCGGCAACAACAUCAUGUUGCUGACAAAGGCUUUCAGAAAAAACUUCAUCAUCCCUGACUUUGAGGAUUUCACCCACCAGAUCAACAGGAUGUUUGAGAAUGCACAACAGCAAAGAGGAGGGCAUGUAGCCGAUUACAUUCCUCAGCUGGCUAAGUUCAGUCCGGAUCUUUGGGGCGUAUCUGUUUGCAGCACCGACGGUCAGAGAUACUCAGUGGGCGACACCAAGAUUCCCUUCUGCCUGCAGUCAUGUGUGAAGCCACUCGAGUACGCCAUCUCUGUGCAUGAGCAUGGCACUGAACAUGUUCACCGCUUUGUGGGCAAGGAGCCCAGUGGCUUCAAGUUCAACAAACUGUCACUAAAUGAAGAAGAUAAACCACACAACCCCAUGGUGAAUGCUGGAGCUAUCGUCAUUAGUUCUUUGAUCAAGCCGCAUUCAAAUAAAGCGGAGAGGUUUGACUAUGUGAUGGAGUUCUUGAAAAGUAUGGCUGGUACAGAGUAUGUGGGAUUCAGCAAUGCGACUUUCCAGUCAGAGAGAGAGACUGGAGAUAGAAACUAUGCAAUUGGUUAUUACCUGAAAGAAAAAAAGUGCUUCCCUGACAGGGCAGAUAUGAUCGGAGCCCUUGACUUCUACUUCCAGUUGUGCUCCAUUGAGGUGACCUGUGAGUCUGGAAGUGUCAUGGCUGCCACACUGGCCAAUGGAGGCAUUUGUCCAAUCACGGGCGAUCGUGUGCUAAGUGCUGAAGCCGUUCGCAACACGUUGAGUCUGAUGCAUUCCUGCGGGAUGUACGACUUUUCUGGGCAAUUUGCUUUCCAUGUGGGGGUGCCUGCCAAAUCUGGCGUUUCAGGGGCUGUUCUGCUGGUGGUUCCCAACGUUAUGGGCAUGCUGUGUUGGUCCCCGCCGCUGGAUCGGCUCGGAAACAGCGUCAGAGGAAUUCACUUCUGUCAAGAGCUUGUUUCUUACUUCAACUUCCAUAAUUAUGACAACCUGAGGCAUUUCACCAAGAAACACGACCCGAGGAGACAGACGGACGACGAUCCAAACAAGUCAGUCGUUAAUCUGAUGUUUGCCGCGUACAGCGGUGACGUCUGUGCUUUGAGGAGGUUCGCGCUGUCAGCUGUUGACAUGGAGCAGAGGGAUUAUGACUCUCGCACCGCUCUCCACAUCGCUGCUGCCGGAGGCCACGCGGACGCUGUAACGUUCCUGACACGAAUAUGUAAACUGAAUCCGUACAUUAAGGACAGAUGGGGCAACACACCCCUUGAUGACGCCAUGCAGUUUGGCCAUGAUGUUGUUGUUUCAGUCCUGCAAAAGUACCAACAUGAGUACAAAGACUCGUCCAGCCGCACAGAGGAGCAGAACCCCGCUCUGGACACGAUGAAGAACUCUGUUUAAGAAAUAUUCAUGAAAGUUUGGAUUGAAACCUUCUGCUGCACAGCGGGAAAGAAUCACAGGACAGAAGGUAAUUGGGAGAACUGAUGAAUGUUUGUCUUUAUUCUCUUUUUAAGGGAACAUGCCUUCUGAAAAGUCUGACAUUUUUACAUUUUCCAACCAAAGGCUAUAAAAGUGUAGUAAAAAAACAUACUACAUAACUACAUCAAUAAUCAAUUACUACUAACCUACAUUCAUUUUUUGGGUAGUAAUAUUCUUGUUUUGUACAAAAAUUUGAUUGAGAAAUGUUACUGAGAUGUAAAUAUUUAAAAAUUGUGCUAUUUAAGUUUUAUAUCUUAAAAUGUGUGUUUUUCUUUGGCCCCCUUCACACUAGAGUGAGAUCACUGUACGACUUUAGCCAGAGUGGUGAAACUCAGCAGGGUACUGGAAAAUGGUUCUGGAGUCAAAGCUUCCCAUUACUGUUAGUUCACACAAAGCCCACGUAGAACAUUAAUGGUGAUUUAUUGUCAUCUCAGCAGCAUAUUUGCAUCAUACUAUAGCCAGUUUAACAAAGGAAGCAUCAGAAGCAGUGGCAUGCAUGAGAAAGAAUCCCUGUGAAAAAGAAGUGCACACGCCUCCAAAUUGUGUCUGAGCUUGGAUGUGCUGGUUGCUGGGAGACUGAAACAUGUCGACAGCAGUUUGAACACACUCCUGGAUUUCCUGUUUGCUGCGAUCCAAACUGUAACUCCAUAACUACAUUAUGGAGUCUGCAUGAUUCCACCUCCUCUCAAGGAUAUAUAUAUAUAUAUAUAUAUAAGUAGAGAGAGAGUGGGAGAAAUUGUGUACAUCCUGUAAAGGUUAUGCAGCAGAAGAAAUAGCCGUGCCUGUAGCAUAGUGAUAGAGUAAUAUUUUGGUGUGAUCUUACAGGGCUGUGGUGUCCAGUGUCUGUCCUCAAGUGCAGGCCUCCUACAUGUUUCAGAUAUUUUCCUAUUUCAACACACCUGACUCAAAUGAACAGUUACCAGGAACCACACAGUGCUUGAUGGCAGGCUGAAGAGGUUAUUUGUUCAUUUCGAAUAAGUUGCAGCAGGACAACAGGCCUCCAAGGACCAGAACUGGACACCGCAGUUAGAGGGCACUGCUGAAAGUCUAGAUGUGUAGAUGGUGAGAUGAUCAACAUGUGAAUGUGCUGCUGAUCUCCAGACCACGCCGACACUGCAGGAGAGCCAAUCAGAGAAGCAGAAAAUAGCACUAAGAUCUGUCUGGCGACUGCUAGAUGUAGCCGUGUCAUGAUUGCUUUCACACUGAAGGAGGUUUUCCUCAUUUGCAGCAAUCCAAGCAGCUUCUAACAGGUAAUUAAAAUAAUAGAGGGGAUUCAUCCAGUGUGAACAGGGCCUUAAUUAAACUACUCUGGGGAUUAAACUUCAAUGUGUCAUUAGAGAUUUAUUUAAAAGGAGCCUGAAAGCUACUGGGACUGUUUUGUUGGGAAAAUAAUAUGCACUUCAGUAUGCUCCCUACCAGCUGGGUUUUGUUUUGUUCUUUAUUGAUAUGCACAUGCUCACUAUGGUGUUUAGGAUUUAUAAAGACUGUAUAAACCUUCAUGUUAAUUUUUUUAAUUUUUUUUAUUAGGCGGUAAUAAUUGUGGGACUCAGGGCCAAUACUGCGGCUACAGAUAAUUAAACCAACCAGUUGCAUUGAUAGCCAAGAUAUAUAGUUUCCUAUUAGGUUUUAAUGCCUAAAAAAAAUAAGACCCCAUAUUUAUAUAUUUUUAAAUGUCCACCUUUAUUAUAACAGUUUUUGAAUAAUUCAACUGACAAACCAAUAAAUUUAAGAAAAAGAUUAAAAAAGUUCAAUAACCUGGAAGCAUAAGAGUGUACACUUUUAAAAUAAUACUUUACUGAAACAACAGUACUGGAAUAUCGGUCAGCAAAUUUUAAAUUUACUUUUUUUUCUGGUUGAACCAUUCGAGUCCACAUUCUCUCUUAUGUAGAGAGAUCCCAAAAAAAUGUCCUGUUUCAUUUUCAGCCAUUUAGCAGAAACCUUAAUGAGCUAAAACUGAGUAUUUGGAACAGCACACAAUCUCCUCCAUCUUGAAAAAAAAGCCUUGCUCCAUCAGAAGAAUUAUAAUCCCAGAGCAUCAUGCUGCCAACACCAUGUUCCACAUUCGAAACACUUUUUCCCGCGCAGUUUUUCAGAAAUUUGGAAGGACAAAUCAGGAUUCUGUUUAGCAAACUUAUUUUAUCAACUAAACUUACAGUAAAUAUAGCAGAUAUGCAGUUAUGCAACCAGGUUAUAAUACUCUUUAGCUUUGCUAUAUUUCUGCUUACAAAUUUGUUUGUCAACUGAAUUGAAAUGAAAAUUGAAAAAUAGUUUCUAAAUAAUUUAUACUGGUCUUAUUCUUUUUAAUUUAAAACCUGUUUGUGUAUAUUUGAGAUCCACUGCAUGCAGAGAUGCACCAAUCAAAAGACUGGAAUCAGUCGAUAUCUCCUUGAUCAUUAAAUCUAAAUAUGUUCAAUAUUUUUGUACUACAAACACAUCAUCUAACAGGAAACAGUUAGAUACAUUUUAGAAUUGAAUAUAAGUCAUAUAAAAAGUUAAAUAUCGACAUAUCGACUCCAGGCAUAAAUAGCAAUUGUUCCAUAAUUUCUUCCAUGUUUGUUUGUGUUCAAAAUGGCUACCUUUAUGAAAUGUAAAAUGAUUUCUUGCAGGUUUUAUGUGUCAUACAAGAACUGAUCAGAAUAUGUUAAAUUCUGUUAAAUAUUUGACAAGAGGGCAUCAAAGAUAACCAAAAAAACGGAAUCGACCAGAAAAAGCCUGAUCGGUGCUUCUCCAUAAAAAUGUCUUACUAAAAGUAACAGAAAAGUUUUAAAGUGUUUAAGCCCCACACUUAGAUGACUUUUUAUGUUUUCAAUUUCGAGCUUCAUAACCUUUACAUUUCACUCGUCAUAAAACUUUAAACAUUGAUUGGUUUAUUUUUCCCAUUACCAUCAGUUAAUUCUGUUGCGAUGUCAACAUGUUAAGCUAGUAGUUGGUGUAUCCUGACUGUAUUUUUUGUUUACGUUUAAAUUUAUCAUUAUUACUUACAAUCUACAAGUUUGGAAACAUGAGUAAAGUCAAUGGAGUUUCUCAAAAUAAGGUUUAAACAUGUUUUUACUUUUAAGGAAAAUAUCAAACACACCCUACAUGUAAAUUUAAAAUAAGAUAAAAAUGUAAUAUACUCAACUAAUAUAUCUAAAAGUGUUUUUUUUUCUAAGUUUAGGUUUUACACUCAGCAAAACUUCUGUACAAAUCUUCAGUUCACUUUAAAUAUUUACCUGUAAAUAAAAAGAAAAAUGU